AUGCGGUCUCCUCCGGCGGUGGAGCAGUGGGACGAGCCCAGCCAGAGGACUCUGCAUACGACCGUCCAGCAUACGCUCGGAAUUGCUAAGUGCGACCGGAAAGGAGAAGCCAACCGAGAGAAGAGGAAGCGGCACUUCAACACGGCGCCAUUAAAGCCGCGGAGGGUUGUAGGGAGCAGAGCGGCGUCUCAGGGACAUGAAGGCCGCGGUCCCUUUCCUCGUUUUCCUCAGUGGACCAGAGGAUCGGAAGACAAUGGAAACACAUUCAUCACCACAAUUAGGGAUCUGCGCCUGGAAGACACUGGGACUUACUGGUGUGGGAUACACAGGUUCCUUCUCGACACAUAUGUAAAAGUGUAUCUCAAGGUAAACAAAGUGGUGAAGAGUGAUGUCAAUGCUGUCAAAGAAGCUAUUUCAACACGGUUUACACCAACAGCCUGGCCAACAGACUUCGAAAAUGAAAUCUCACGAGGAGAAAGCAUUUCUGAUCAGUUGACGUGUAUAGGAGCAGGCCUUGGUGUUGCUGUGUUGGUGCUGGCCCUGGUUCUUCUGACCUUCUGCAGGAUAAAACGCAGAAGAGCCGCGUUUGCUUUGGACAAAAACCAAAGCACCAAUGAAUUUCCAGGAGACCCUAGGAAGAACGGCCUCCUUCCCGCUUCAUUGACCAAUCCGCACCCUGAUAGCGCUAUUUACUCCAAUGUCAGUGGGUUUCCAAAGCCUUCCAAAGCCCAGGACCAACCAGAUGAGAGUGUGUCGGUCCCCUCCAGUCCAGAGCAGCCCGGUGUCUUCUACUCCACUGUGAGCUACAACAAUGAUUCCAAGGGUGUGGCUCUCAAAACGGACACAGACUCUGUCAUGUAUUCUACCAUUCAAAAGACUCAGUAAGGGCCUGGAUGAUCAGAAUUAAGAGUGAUUCUGCUUUCAGAAAAUACUAUUAAUAUUGAUAAUAAUACCUGUACUACUAUUAACAGUUCAUUUUUUGGUAGUGUUUGGAUAAUAUUCAAAAUAUGUUAACUAUUUUCUAUUGAUGGUCUUAAAUUCUUAUCUGAAUAGAACUUACUUCGGAGAAUGUGGAAAACUGCAAUGAACACAUGCAAGCAGGCAAACAAGCACACACACACACACACACACACACACACACACACACACACACACACACACACACACACACACACACACACACACACACACACACACACACACACACACACACACACACACACACACACACACACACACUCAACUGCACAGAUGUGAAAAUAUGCAAACAUUUGAAUAAAACCAAUGCAGAAAGCAAAUCAGCAAUCAUAGAAGGGUGUUUACAAAACUCUUCUUUUUGAGAAACAAGAAUAUCCUUCAGUAACACAGAAGAUCCUUCCACCGUACAAGAGGGUUUUUCAUGCAGAUCAAUGUAUUUAACAUGAGGUGACAAGUAUAGUCAUACAAUAGUGACCUCCAGGACAAUAAGCAAGGACUGGUAUAGCUGAAAUGAAAAAAAAUUAAGCUCAAUGAAACAAACAGAAGAUGUACCUACCUCACCAGUCUGACCCAUGUUUCAAAUUGUUCUCCUCGUCACCGCUAGAGUGAUCCACAUGGUAUAAUGUGACAUGGUCCAGCAUUAAGUCAGCGUCUUCGUGAUUGCUAUACAUUGGCCACUAGAGAGCAGUGCUUCUUCCCAAAUUAAUUAAAUAAUAAAUCACACGAAAUAUUUGUCUUGUUCGAACAGGACCUUUGUAUAAAUAAUUAGUAAACACAUUAUUGUAAGACUAAUAAUUAAAAACAACGAGUAGGUAUCUUGUGUCAGUAAUUGCCUCAAACUUUUGAUUCCUAAUUAAUCUAAUCAUCACUUCUCAUUUUAAAACAUUUAAAUGUAAUGAUGGGGAGAAGGAGAGAGAGCGAGUGAGCGAGAGAGAAAGAGAGAGAGAGAGAGAGAGAGAGAGAGAGAGAGAGAGAGAGAGAGAGAGAGAGAGAGAGAGAGGGAAGUUAAAGUGGGGGAGUGUAGCAUGAUAAACCCUAUAUUUUGAACAAUCCGCAUUACAAAGCUAACAUAUAAGAGUGACUUAAGUCGAAGACGAUGGACAUCAAAUGGCAACUAGAAAAUGCAUUUCCUGCAGAAAAUGCUGUGUCUAAUAAAUGUUUCUUCAUUGGACAUAACCUGCAUAGAGUUUGAAAGGGAGUGCUGUUUGGUUUUCUAGCUUAGUGGUACAAAUUGUGAGCUUCAGCAUCCCC